AUGAACGCGUCCUCCAACUCGACUGCAUCCGUGGACGUCGACGUUGGCGAGGAUUCCGCAGUCGUGAUCAAGAGUAUCAGCUCCAACAGCGCCGAUUCCUGCACUUGGUAUGCUGAUGCGAGCUGCAAGCGACCGCGAACAUGCUACGACUGUCUGAACGUUAAAGUCGCGAGUGGUGAAUGUGCUAUUAUGCCUAACGGAAUGUGCGUGAGCUUGGCUGAGUACUCGCACUUCUUCAGCAAGCAACAGGAGCUAGGCAUCUUCUACAAGUACUACCCAUCCAGCAAGUAUACAUACUGCAGCGCAGAUGACUCGGCGUGUUCGGCAUGUACAGGCAAUUGGGUGUCUGACUACAGCAGCACAGGCGCCAUUGAGACGCCAGCGUAUUGUACAGGACUCGACGGAUGUCAGUGUCUCGCACGUUGUGAGCUACCCGACUGGUCCACGUCGAUCUUGACGGAUCAAUGCAGUUCAAGCAGUAGCGCAAGCGUGAACAGUCAGACGUCGCCUUUGACACGAAUCGGCUUUGCGCUUGCAGUAGGCAUCGUCUUUGGCGUGUUACUUGGGCUCUGGGGCAUCAGGUUAUUGUUAAAACGUCGUGAAAUUGGUCGUGGGCGAGGAUCUUCCAUUCCUACUGUUCGAGAAACGUGGACUGUGCCUCGACGGCCUAGAACUGGACCUCAGCUAGCGUUGACUGGGUGGAUGGAGCUUCGCGAGAAGUUGAUCGCGAUUGAGAAGGAAGUGUAUGGAGGAGCGGAAGUGGGGCAAAGUCGCAGCGAAAACUCGACUGCUGUGGAUGUUCCGGAUGCGGCGAUGGAGGAAGGAAGCGCAUAUUAUCCUGUCUCACCAACUCAGAGACGGCCUCGCGACGCGGGUCGAUCGCACUAA